ACUUUUUACUUUCCCCUGCUGGUACCCAAGACCACGGUGGAAGAAAUGGCUAAGUAUAAGGUGGAGGAGACAAGUGAGUUAGAAUGCGGCUUGUUACCCCCAGAAGAAUUUUCCCAAGUGAAUGGAAUCAUUCUUCAAAAGAAAGUAUGCGAUUUCUGGGAUAAGGUCUGGAACUUCCAAGCCAAGCCUGAUGACCUGCUCAUUGCUUCUUACCCCAAAGCAGGAACUUGGACACAGGAAAUUGUAGAUCUGAUACAAAAUGAUGGAGAUAUUGAGAAAAGCAGGCACGCUUCCAUUCAACUUCGACACCCUUUCCUGGAGUGGAUAAGAAGGACACACUGUGGGAUUGACCAGGCUAACGCAAUGCCUUCCCCAAGGACCCUGAAAACUCAUCUUCCUGUACAACUACUGCCUCCAUCCUUCUGGGAGGAAAACUGUAAGUGCCCAAGAGGGAGAUUCCGAGUCCCACUUUCCUGAGGUCAUCCAAUCCCAUCCCAUCUUAUCAGGGGUAUGGUAUGGCAGCUGUGGCAGAGGGAUGGAGGAGAGGAGACACCAGAGGAAAAAAAAAAAAAAAACCCAAAUCCUGUUCACCCAGGAGGUCAACAAUGGAAGGAAUAUAGAGGAGAAAGCACCAAGAGGGUGUAGCAGGCAUACCCCGAGAUGAAGAGGGGUUUGGGCGAAGUUGGAUGUGCAAACAACUCAACCCCACCAUGACAUGAAGGAGGCCACUGUGUGAGCACAGGGCCUGGAACAAUGGGUGUAAUGAGUUACUGCCAUGUCAGAAAAAUUGGUUGCUCCUGUUGAUAUGGUUUGACUGUGUCCCCACCCAAAUCUCAUCUUGAAUUGUAGUUCCCAUAAUCCCCACAUGUUGUGGGACGGACCCAGUGGCAGGUACUGGAAUCAUGGGUGGUUACCUCCAUGCUGUUCUCAUGAUAGUGAGUUCUCACGGGAUCUGAUGGUUUUCUAAGGGGCUUUUCCCCUUUUGCUCAGCACUUCCUUUUGCUGCCAUCAUGAAGAAGGACAUGUUUGCUUCCCCUUCCACCAUGAUUGUAAAUUUGCUGAGGCCUCCCCAGCCAUGUGGAACUGUGAGUCAGUUAAACCUCCUUUCUUUAUAAAUUACCCAGUCUCAGGUAUGUCCUUAUAGCAGCAUGAGAACAGACUAAUACACCUGUCAAUGCCAAAAUGAUAUAUUUUGGUGGAUUUAAAAUUAGCAAAGCCAGCCUGCCCAACCACAAACACCUCCAUCUCAGGCAAAUGGUACUGCUUUAAAUAAAUAUCAGUAGGACAUGAAAGGUUGGGUCUGAAAAGUCAUCACCCACCUAACUUCCUCAGAUUCCUACUUUUUUUUAUAUUAAUCUUGAAGCUUGCUCUCCCUAUCUAAUUUUGUAUAGAUCUAGGAAUGUUAAAGUGUGUGGAUAGGCUGAUGCUAUAGGUUGCUUCUAGGGGGAGAAAUCUGCCAAGAGAUACUGACCCCUAACCCUAGUCAUAGACUGUUCUCACUUCACGGUAAGUCAAUGAUAGCCUCCCUGUUUGAGGGAUGCCCAAAUUCUUUGCAAAACCUAAUUACAAGUCUGAAUAGGCAGUAAAAUUUGUUCUUGCUAUUUAUAGAAUUGUAAAUUUUAACUCAGAAAUGGACAUUAUAAGCUGUUCUCAGAGUAUCCAAAGAUCAGGUUGGCACCAACAGGUCCCGAGUAAGUCAGGUUUUCUUCAUCCCUCCCUGUGUCCCUCUGGGGACCGAGCACGUCCAGGGAGCAAGCAGCAGACCAGUCAGCAAAAUGUAAAACCUGUCUUAACCUGGAAGGUGGGGCUGUCUUAUCCACAUUUGGCUCCACCUCUGAGCUAACUUCUGAUUAAAGCUGAUCUAAGGAAAGGACUGUGGUCUUCUGUGUGUUGGGAGU